GGUGGGAGGUGUUCUACACGCACCUCCACUUGUAAAAAAUAAAUAAAUUAUAUUUUAUAAGCGGAUAUUGUGGAAAAUCCCUGUACUUAAACUUUUUGUCAUCCCGAUAUUUGUAUUUACAUGUUUGCCAACUGAACUCCUCUACCCAUCAAAACUGAGCAUUUUAAACACUUUUUUGCUGAGCCCAUGAAGCAUGUGAAACAAUCGCGUACACAUAGAUUUCCACGUGUAAAAAAAUAUGCCACAUCGGAUUCCCGCGUAUAACCCCAUCUUAUCUUUUUAUUUUUUUUCAUUCCCAUUUCUCUUUUUUCAACCAAACCCCCGAUUUUUCAUCUUCUCUUCUCUAUCUUUUCCCUCGAUUCCACACUUAUUUCCUGGAUAUUGUGGCAUGGUAAGAAAAUGGCUUCAACAAUAGUGACACUUCAAAUGCAUUAUGGUGGUUGCUUUUUAUCAAAACCUGAGCUAAGGUAUGAUUCUGAUGUAGAAGAAUCUGGGGAUUCUGAGUCACUAUAUGAUGUUGAUGAAAACAUUAAUGAUUUAAGUGACUUGGAUGAAAAGUUUAUUGAAGCUAGACAAGCAAACAUUAGAGAAAAUAAAUGUAGAUGAGAUAAAACAAGUUGUAGAAGGGAAAAAAUGAUAGUUAUGCAGGAUCAUUUGGGUGAUUACAAAGAGGAAUUCGCUAGGCUUUAUGAUUAUGCUGAGGAGUUGAAGUCUACCAAUCCUGGCACUACUGUAGUGGUAAGGACUUCCAAGAAUACAAUUCCUAGAAAAGAGGUGUUUAUGGGAUUUUAUUUAUGUCUUGGAGAACUUAAAAGUGGGUAGUUAGAUGGGUGUAGAAACAUCAUUGGUUUUGAUGGAGCAUUUCUCAAAGAGGUUUGUAAGGGUGAGUUGCUGUCUUGCAUUUCCAAGGAUGGCAAUAAUCAAAUGUACCAUGUUGCUUGGGCUGUAGUUGAUAAAGAAUCCAAGGAUAUAUGAUCAUGGUUCAUUAGGUGUAUCAAGCAUGAUUUGGAGUUGACAUUAACUGAAGGUAAAGGAUUGACAAUUAUGUCUGAUAUGCAGAAAGGUCUUCUUAUGGCACUUCAUGAUUUACUGCCAAAUGCUGAGCACAGAUGGUAUGCUAGGCAUAUAUGGGCCAACUGGAAGAAGGAAUGGAGGGAUGAGGCAAGAAGAAGAAAAUUCUAGCAGGUAGCAAGAGCAUCAUUUGAAGUUCUUUUAAAUAUAAAACUUGAUGAAGUGGAUGAGUUAGGGAAGGCAUUAAUGAAGCCUUGUUUCAAUACAACAAGGAGACAUGGUGUAGGGCAUACUUUAAAUAACACAGCAAAUGUGACAUAGUUGAGAACAACAUGUAUGAGACAUUCAACAGCUGGAUUUUGAUACCUAGGUUCAAAUCAAUCAUAACUAUGCUGGAAGAAAUCAAAAUCAAAGUUAUGGAGAGGAUGAAUCAAAUGAGAGAAUUUGCUGAAAAAUGGGUAGGUGAGGUAUCACCCAUGGCCAUGAAAACUCUUAAAGAGAAUGUUGAGGUGAAAGAUCCACCAUAUAAACAUGUUGUUAACCUAAAAAAGAAGGCGUGUAGUUGUAGGUCAUGGCAAUUGAAAGGAAUUAUUUGUGCACAUGCCAUUACUGCAAUUCAAUAUAAGAGCUUGGAGGUUGAGGCAUUUGUUGAGCCCUGGUAUAAAAAGGCGACAUAUUUGAAGGCCUACAACAAAUUCAUUCAACCUAUGACAAAUAUGAAGAUGUGGCCAAAGAGCACAAGACCACCCAUUGAGCCACCUAAAAUUGCUGAAAUGCCAAGUAGGCCAAAGAAAAAGAGGAAUAGGGAUGCUGAUGAACCAAAGAAAAAAAUUGGGAAAGCUACAAGGAAGGGCAGGAAAAUGACAUGUUCAAUAUGCAACACUAUGGGACAUAACAAGAAAGGAUGCCCACUUGCUAAAAGUGGUGGUGCUUCUUCAUCGAUUGUUGCUGCUGGUGCAACCAAUGCAGUAGCAACUGCUGGUCCUGCUGCAACUGCUACAACUAUUGGUGGUGCAUUAAUUGUUGGUUCUAGUGCAAGAGGUGGUGCAAGAAGUGGUGGAAGAGAUGGUGCAAGAGCUGGUGCAAGAAGUGGUGGAAGAGCUGGUGCAAGUGGUGCCACAAGAAGAACUCCAACAAAUGCUACAACAAAUUCUCAACCAACUCAAUCAAGCACUCAACAGUCAACUACUACUGCACGACUUAUUCAGUUAGAAGUAGUGAGGCAAAUCCUGGUUAUAAGAAGCCACCACAAACUAGGUAUAAGAGGCCAAGGGCAGCUGGUUAUGAUGUGCUAUUUGGAAAAGGUGUCAGUGUGAUUGAGAGGACCGGAACAACUGAUAGAGUGAUACAUAGUGAUGGAUUGAUUAGUUCAGUUUCCACUAACAUUGAUCUUGGUUACAAACCACAUGGACUGAAGUGGAAUGGUGGAGCUGCAGUUACUCAAAGGCAGCUACAAGAACAAAGUUACAAAAGAGCACACUUUUCUACAAGCACUCAAACCACACCGGGCAACAAUUAAUAGUGUUUGAAAGAAGAUAUUAAACUUGCUAAUUUUAGGAGCCAACUGUUUUGUUGAUUAACUUUUCCAGACAAUAUUUAUCUUUGUACAUGAAUUUGUGGGCUGAUAUCAGAUAGUUGUAACGGCUAAGACAGUUGUAAUGCUUAAUUUCAAGGUUUAUGUUUCAGACUA